AUGAAUUCAAUCUCAGAAAUAAAUCGAUGUCUCUAACAUAUAUUUCAUUAUUCCUAAUAACCACAAUCACCUAGCUGCAUCAUGUCUAUGAAAUCCUAUUAUGAUGAUUUAAUAAACUUCGAUAAUUAUAAUAUAUUUGAACCUCAACUUUUCCAAUUUGAAGAUUUGAAUACUUCUAAUUGUAAAUAUUGAUAAUAAUUAAAGUUAGUCACUCCAUUUUUAGAUUUUCAAUUUGAAGAUGAUGUAGUAUUUUAAAAUAAUGAGAUAAAUUAAAAUGAAGAAGAAAAUUUUAAAUCUUCCAAUCUUCAUAAGAUUUCCUCUAUGCAAAAUAAUAAUGAAUAAUCAUAAGUGGCUUUGAUAUAAUUACGUAAUUUCAGAUAGAGUAUAAAUAAAGAGAUACAAAUUAAAUAAGUUCCUUUAGAUGUAUUUACUAGAUAACUUACUCCUAAGAGAUCAAUACCAUCUCUUUUUGAUGAUGAACCACCUUUAGAAAUCAAAUAGAAGACAAUACAAAAUUAUAGACCUUUAAGAGAAAGAAUAUAAGAAAAAUUAUCUUAAAAAUAAAUAGAUAAAAAAGAAUAAUAAGUAAUACAUAAUCGAUUUUAAAAUGUAAAUCAAAAUUCUGCUAGCAGAUAUCAUUCUAAAAGUCCAUAAUCAUAAUUUACAAAGGAAUUUAAAUAAAAAUUCAAUUCAAUAACUACUAAUCAAAAUUUAUAAUUCAAUUUAAAUUAAUUAUCUAGUAAUCAAAGAUAAACUUCAAAUUCUAAAAAUUUAUCUACUCCUUAAAAAAACAAUAAAGAAUAAAUUGAUUCAACAGUAAAAAUAAGAAUUGAUAUUCAAAACUUUCAAGAAAAUCAUAAAAGAUCAACUAAUUAGAAAUAAGAAAAAGAAAAUAAAAUAUUAACACCUUUAAAAUAUUAAAGCAAAAUAAAUUGUUAAGAUUUUGAAUAAGUAACAAAAACUAAAAAUUUUACAAAUAAUUAUAGAAACAAAAGUCCUAAAAACUUUUCAAAAAGUCCCAUUAAAACUCCAGAGAAAGAAUCAUGCAAAUAUGUAGUUGUUAAUUUUUAUUAAAAAAAAUAUUGA